AUGACGACCACUUCAUCAACCGUCGAGCUCGAGUCGGUCGACUACCAGCAUGCCCUGCCACUCAAGGAUGUCGGCGGCCUUGCCUCUGAGGGUCGGCGUCUGGGAUCACACGAGGGACCCAGGGACGCUGACAUGGGCGUGAGGGACAGCUUGCCGGCGCCCACGACAUCGACGCCUGUCGUAGAGAGCUGGAAAUACCCUCGCUCCAAUUUGUUCCGCGUCGCAGCUACGUUCUGGAGUUUCCUCGUCUGUGGCGCCAACGAUGCUGCCUACGGUCUCGAAUCCUACUACAAGCUUGACUACAUUAUCGUGUCUCUCCUCUUCCUGUCGCCCUUUGUCGGAUAUGUCCUCUCUGCCAUCUUCAACAACUGGCUGCACAUCAAGUUUGGCCAGCGAGGCGUUGCAGUGCUCUGCGGCGCCUGCCAUCUGGUCGCAUACAUCAUCGUUUCCCAGCAUCCGCCUUACCCUGUCCUCGUCGUCGUGUAUGCCCUUGCCGGUUUCGGCAAUGGCAUUGGCGAUGCUGCGUGGAACGCGUUCAUUGGCAACCUGGCAAAUGCAAACGAAACACUGGGGUUCCUGCAUGCCCUGUACGGCGUCGGAGGAACCAUCAGCCCCCUCAUCGCAACGACAAUGAUCACGGAGGGUGGUCUUGAGUGGUACCACUUCUACUAUGUCAUGAUUGGCAUGAGCGUCGUCGAGCUGGUCGUCUGCACAGCUGCCUUCUGGAAGAACACGGCAGCCAGCUACCACGAGACGACACAGACGAACAACGACGACAACACGGGGCUGCGCGCGGCCCUCUUCUCGCGGCCCUACGCACGCGUGACCUGGAUCUGCGCCGCCUUCCUCCUCGCCUACGUCGGCGUCGAGGUCUCGCUCGGCGGCUGGAUCGUCCAGUUCAUGAUCCGCGUGCGCAACGCCGACCGCUUUCCCGCCGGCAUGACGUCCGUCGGCUUCUGGCUGGGCCUGACCGUCGGCCGCGUCGUGCUCGGCUUCGUGACGCCGCGGCUGGGCGUCAAGGUCGCCGUUGCCGUCUACCUGCCCGCGACCAUGGCGCUCGAGCUCGUCUUCUGGCUCGUGCCGCAGUUUUACGUCUCGGCCGUCGCCAUCGCGCUGCAGGGUUUCUUCCUGGGCCCGCUGUUCCCUGCCGUCAUUGUCGCGGCGACGAAGCUGCUGCCGAGACACCUGCAUGUGAGCACCAUUGGAUUUGCGGCGGCCUUUGGAGGCAGCGGUGCCGCCGUGCUGCCGUUUGCUGUUGGUGCCAUUGCGCAGGCCAAGGGCGUCCAGGUGUUGCAGCCGAUUGUUCUGGCCAUGCUGGUGGUGCUGUUGGGGCUCUGGUUCUGCCUGCCCAGGUUUGGGUUAGCAAAGAGGGAUUAG